AUGCAGAACUCUUCAGCACAAAACCUGGUCUCCACCCAGUCUGGAAACUUGGCCUCAGGCCGGGCCUCAAUUUCAAACCAAAGUGCAGUCACAGCCCAACGGCUCUCCAAGACCCCCGCAGUGUCCUCAGGCCCACUUGAUUCAAAGUCCAAACUGUCAAAUGUCCAUCGCAUGCGCCGGCUCAUCGCCGAGGACCCUGAGUGGUCUCUGGCCAUCGUGCCCCUCCUCACAGAGCUGUGCAUUCAGCACAUCGUGACGAACUUCGAAAAGAACCCUAUCCUGACCGAGCUGCUCCCGGAGCACCAGCAGAAGGUCCUGAGCCGCCUGUCACCUGACCUGCCCCUGACGGUGACCGCCAACCUGAUCGAGGAUGAAAGUUACUGGCGCCGCUGCUCCACCAAGCGCUGGGCCGUGUGCCACGUGGCCAAGCACGGAGGCAGCUGGAAGCGCAUGUUCUUCGAGAGACACCUGGAAAACGUGCUCCGACUCUUCAUCCCAGGCACCACAGACCCCAGCGUGAUCCUCGACCUCAUUCCCCUCUGCAGGAACUACAUCCGACGGAUCCAGAUGCAUCAGUUCCUUCCCCCCGUGCGCCUGCCAGUGCCUCCCCGGGCUGGGGAACAGUCCGACUCCGGCAGUGAGGGAGAGCUAGAAGAGCCUGCCAUGGACCACUACCAGCUGGGGAGCCUGGUGGCUGGCCUGUUGCACUUGGAGGAGCUGGACCUGGUGUAUGGAGUUAAGGAUUGCGGCAUGAACUUCGAGUGGAACCUCUUCCUCUUCACCUAUCGCGACUGCCACGCGCUGGCGGCCACCAUCAAAGCGUGCCACACCCUCAAGAUCUUCAGGCUGACCCGGAGCAAGGUGGAUGAUGAAAAGGCUCGCAUUCUAAUCCGCAGCCUGCUGGACCAUCCAGCGCUCGAGGAGCUCGACCUGGCCCACAACCUCAUUGGAGACCGUGGGGCCCGGGCUGCCGCCAAGCUACUCAGCCACAGCCGCCUCCGUGUGCUCAACCUGGCCAACAACCAAGUGCGUGCUCCCGGCGCCCAAUCGCUGGCUCACGCCCUGGCACACAACACCAAUCUCAUUUCUCUCAACCUACGCCUCAACUGCAUCGAAGAUGAGGGUGGCCAGGCCGUGGCCCACGCCUUACACUCCAACAAGUGUCUCACCACGCUGCAUCUAGGUGGCAAUGAGCUGUCCGAGCCCACGGCCACGCUGCUCGCCCAAGUGCUGUCUGUCAACACCACACUCACCAGUAUCAACCUGUCCUGCAACCACAUCGGGCUGGACGGCGGGAAGCAGCUUCUGGAAGGCAUUUCUGACAACAAGACCCUCCUGGAAUUUGACUUGCGCCUGUCGGAUAUAGCCCAGGAGAGCGAGUACCUCAUUGGCCAGGCCCUCCAUGCCAAUCGAGAAGCUGCCCGCCAGCGGGCCUCGAAUCCUGGCCAUUUCAUAUCGCCCAUGACAGCCAGCGGCGCUGAGAACUCCAUGGGAUAA